AUGGCCAACAGCCCAAAGGAAUUCAUCUGCCAGCUAUGCCACAGAACCUAUGAGAGAGUCGAUCACCUUAAUAGACAUCUAGAUGGUCACCGCAACGAGAGGAGUUUCAAAUGCUCGAAAUGUCCUCGCAGCUUCAAUCGUCGAGAUUUGCUUCUGCGACAU